AUGGACAAAUGUUUUGACUUGUUGAACCGACAGUCCGAACACAUAAAACUUGCUAGGGAGAAACCACAGGGCAACUGGCUUCCUUUUUUGAACAUCCAGGUUGGCAUAUCAAACGGUACGUACCAAACCAAAUGGAAUCGUAAGCCCAGUAACAAGAACAUGUUGGUUCAUUUUCUCUCUGCCCAUCCAUUUCAUAUGAAGAAAGCUGUGCUUAACAACAUGUUCCACACGGCAAGAACCGUUUGUAGUGGACCUGAGGAGAAAAAGGAAUCGUUAACUUUGGCUCGCGAAAUUGCUGUUUUGAAUGCUUAUGAAAUCCGAACGUCUGAAACGAGAGGAUACGGAAGUGAACGAGCACGGCAAUUGCAAAACCCCACCACACAUAAGACACCUAUCUGCUUUCCUUACAUCUUCGAUGAAAUGAGCGCUGUCAUAAGGCUCCGCUUUGGUCGUUGA